AUGACCGAAAGCCAGCUUCAAGCGUGGCUCGCCAAGUCGUCAUGCGAACAGUAUCUUCCGCAGUUUCUUGCUGCAGACAUCACAUUCGAUCUUCUCCCCGAGCUUGACCUGGAGGCGCUCCGCGAGCUCGGCGUGACCAAACUAGGAGACCGCCUUCGGCUCGAAUUGGCUGUGGGCGACCUCCGACUGGAGCUUCUCAAGCAGAAAGUUCCACUCGAAGACAUUCGGCGCGCAUGGGAGGCCAGACUGAGCCAGGAUACGCAGCCUGAUGCAACUAGCCACGACAAUGAGUCGGGCGGCGAGUCAGGCGAGCUGACAAUAGUGCCGCGCGAGCCCAUGCGCGUGGUGACGUUCAUUUUGCCCGACGGACUGUUGAAGAAAGUGAAUGUGGACGGGUGUUUCAACGCCCAGCUGGUCAAGCGCAAGGUGUUGAAAAAAUUGGGGGUCCGAGGCAGGGACAAUGAGUACGAUACACACGUCCAUACUGCGGUGCACGGUGACAUGCAAGUGCGCCGCCUCAAUGAUGUCGAGUUUGUCACCAUUUGUUUUGCGCCCAAGCGACAGGAGAAACACCGCAUCAUGCUCACGGCGAAAAACGAGCAAGUGAGCGCCGCGGCCGCCGAGCAGCUGCUUCGGAUUGUCCAGCGCAUGGCCGGACGCAAACCUGCGCCCCAAGGCUUGCGGGACUUUUUCGGCCAGCGGCCACCCAGCGAGUUGAUCUCGCUGAACUUGGGCCAGUAUUUCCCCACGGCGCCGCCACACGACCUCGAGGCCACCAUUCGAAACCUGGUACGGCACAGCAUGCGCUUGCUGCGGCGGUUUGUGUCGCUGGCUCUGCUGUUGGCGCCAGUUCCUCUGGGCGCGCUGGGCGCGCUGGCGUGGACCGCGGCGGCUUCGGGCGUGUCUGGGUUUGCCGCCCCUAGCUUUGGCGCGGGCGCGCCUCCAGCGUUCGACCGCCGCACCGUGGGCGAUUUUUUCGUGCACAACCUGAAUCUUGUGGAUGAGGCCAAGCACGACGCAGGAAGCACAGACGACGUGGCCUCGGGCGCCCUGCGGAAAGUCGCCACGCUGUUUGCCUCGCCAGCAUCUAAUCGCUACCUGAGGAUUGAGCUUAUGAGUGUUGACUCGGAUGACGAAGACGACGAGGACGAGCGAGCGCGCGACUUUGGUGCGGGCCGCAAGUGGGUUCAGGGCGCGCGAAUCGGCGCGGGCCUGUUUGGAACGGUGUAUUUGGGCAUGGACCCAGCGACAGGCGAGUUGAUGGCAGUCAAGCAGGUGCCCAUUCCGAGGGGGGCCUCGCGGCAAAACGAGCAGCAUCGCGGCAUGAUAGAUGCGCUUCAUCGCGAAAUGCUGUUGUUGAAGGAAUUGAGCCACGAGAACAUUGUGCGCUACUACGGACUGUCUUGUGAAGGUGACUUUCUUAACAUUUUUCUAGAGUACAUCCCGGGCGGCCUGGUGCAGCUGAUGCUCCAACUGUACGGACCGUUUGAGGAGCCAUUGAUCCGGAGCUUCAUUCGCCAAGUGCUUGUGGGCUUAAGCUACUUACACGGCAUGGAUAUCAUCCAUCGAGACAUAAAAGGCGCCAACAUCUUGAUUGACAUCAAAGGUGCGGCUAAGAUCUCGGACUUUGGCAUUUCGAAAAAGGUGGAUGGCGACGAGGAGGCCACGAAAUCUGCUCGUCGUGCUUCUCUUCAAGGCUCUGUCUACUGGAUGGCCCCCGAGGUUGUAAAACAGACAGUAUACACGAAAAAGGCCGAUAUUUGGUCUGUGGGUUGCUUGGUGGUGGAAAUGUUUACGGGAAACCAUCCGUUCCCAAAGUUCAGCCAAAUGCAAGCGAUUUUUAAGAUUGGAACCCAUACAAGCCCAGAAAUCCCUGAGUGGUGCACGGCAGAGGGCAAGGACUUUUUGACCCAGACGUUCGAGGUGGACCAUGAGCGGCGGCCAUGUGCGGCAGAACUUUUGGCUGAGCCUUUUGUCACGCCUUUGGUUGUCACUAACGAAGAGUUUUUGCUGUGA